AUGGAAUAUAGUGCUAGAAAGCAACAGGCAUUCCCGUCUAAAGAAACGACUCUCUCCUACUGGAUUGUAGAGGCUGAUGACAAGCUCGCGAAACAUCGAACAACAGAGAAAUUACCAGAAGAGGUUGAUGUGCUAAUCAUCGGAUCUGGCUUUAGCGGAACUUCGGUAGCAUUCAAUAUGCUAGUUGAAGAAAAGACCGAGCAAAAGGUACUAUUAUUAGAAGCUCGUGACGUCUGUUCUGGAGCUACUGGAAGAAACGGUGGGCACAUGCGAAGCUACUAUCAUCACGAUCAGUACGAAUUCUCGCAAAAGUACGGUCAGGAAAAUGCUGCAGACAUUGCAAUGUUUGAGCAUGAAGAGAUCAAUGUUGUUGAAACACUGGUGAAGAAGUAUAAUAUUGAUUGCAAUUUUGUUAGAAGAACCUCGUACGUGACUUACGAUGAUCCUUCUUUAGGAAAGUUUGGCUUAAGAGAUUACUACUCGUUUUUAAACAACCCUUACAUUGAUCAGAAGGUCAAGGAUCAGGUGAAAAUAGUUUUUGAUGAACAAGCCAGAAAGGAGCAUGCAAACACUGCUUUUGGCGUCUACACACCUACAUCGUCUGUGUGGCCGUACAAGCUAGUUUGUGGUCUUCUCGAGAUUGCUAUUUCCAAGGGAUUGAACUUGCAAACGAAUACUGCUGUCGAGGAGCUGGAAUAUCUCGAGGAUAGUACUUGGCUGGCGAAGACGCAGCGUGGAAAUGUACAUGUUGGAAAAGUCGUUGUCACCACCAACGCUUACACUAGGGCUCUUUUACCAGAUUUCUGGGGCAAAAUUAUGCCUGUUAAAGGUGUUGUCUCGCAUCUCAAAACAGAGGUAAACAAAACUCUUGCAACCAAUAUGAUUCACACUAUGCCAGUUGAGAUCGACUACAUAAGCGUUCGAGACGAUGACUCGUUGAUAAUCGGAGGCGGUGGACAAACAUACAAAACUUCUCCUAACCGUGAAAUGAUGGUGGACAACGCGGAUGAUUCUUACUUUCCGGAAGAGACUAGGCAAUAUUUUGUUGGAUAUGCUAAUCGGAACUACAAAUCUUUAGCAGACGUUAAGUUUGUCAAUGACUACACUUGGACUGGGUGUAUGGGUUUUACGGAAGAUGGGUUUCCUUUUGUUGGUGAUUUAACGGCUUACGGGCGCCCAAACAUGUUCAUAUCCGCAGGUUUUACUGGACAUGGUAUGCCACGUAUUUUCAGCUGCUCAAAGUACUUGAGCGAGCUAAUAUUGGGAAAAAAGCCCACUACAAGUAUCCCAGUACCAUUCAAGCUAUCAAUCGAAAGGAUGAGCAUUGUGGACUCACCUUAUCUGGAUUCGCUAGUGGAAAAAUGUGGCACGGCACCGGGUUUAAAUUGUGGCUGUAAAUAA